GGUAUGCGUAGCCAAUCGGUGCGGAGAAGCAGAGCGGCUGCAACGGGGAGCGCAGCCAGUGCCAGGGCAGGGGCGUGGGGGCGCGGGGCCACCCAGCCCACAAGUGCAAACAUGGCUCAGAGUAGAGACAGCGGAAACCCUUUCGCCGAGACUGGGGAACUAGACAACCCGUUCCAGGACCCGGCGGUGAUCCAGCACCGACCCAGCCCGCAGUACGCCACGCUAGAUGUCUACAACCCUUUUGAGGCCCAAGAGCCAUCAGCACCCUACGAGUCUCCUGCCCCUGCUUCGUUGCCACCCCCCUCAGCAGCUCCCCCCUUACAGCCCUCCAGAAAGCUCAGUCCCACAGAACCCAAGAACUAUGGUUCCUACAGCACCCAGGCUUCAGCUGCAGCGGCCACAGCUGAACUGCUCAAGAAGCAGGAGGAGCUCAACCGGAAGGCGGAGGAGUUGGACCGGAGGGAGCGGGAGCUGCAACAUGCUGCCCUUGGGGGCACAGCUACUCGACAGAAAAAUUGGCCUCCCUUGCCUUCUUUUUGCCCAGUGCAGCCCUGCUUUUUCCAGGACAUUUCCAUGGAGAUCCCCCAUGAAUUUCAGAAGACGGUAUUUACCAUGUACUACCUCUGGAUGUGCAGUACCCUGGCUCUUCUCCUGAAUUUCCUUGCCUGCCUAGCCAGCUUCUGUGUGGAGACCAACAAUGGUGCAGGCUUUGGGCUCUCUAUCCUCUGGGCCCUGCUCUUCACGCCCUGCUCCUUUGUCUGCUGGUAUCGCCCCAUGUAUAAGGCGUUCCGGAGUGAUAGCUCAUUCAACUUCUUCGUCUUCUUCUUCAUUUUCUUCGUCCAGGAUGUGCUGUACGUCCUCCAGGCCAUCGGCAUCCCAGGUUGGGGGUUCAGUGGCUGGAUCUCAGCGCUGGUGGUGCUCAAGGUCAACACAGCAGUGGCUGUGCUGAUGCUGUUGGUGGCCCUCUUCUUCACCAGCAUUGCAGUCCUGGGCAUUGUGAUGCUGAAGCGGAUCCACUCUCUGUACCGCCGCACAGGUGCCAGUUUCCAGAAGGCCCAGCAAGAGUUCGCUGCUGGGGUCUUCUCUAACCCUGCCGUGCGAACCGCUGCUGCCAACGCAGCUGCUGGUGCGGCUGGGAACGCCUUCCGCGGCCCCUAACCAAACCCCUGGCUGUAGUGCUUCCCUGGCCCUGCCACCUGCGGGAGUGAUGUUGGCUGGCCCGAGUCCCUGCAGUCUCCUGGGACUCAGAGAGGCUCCCCUCCAGAGCCCUCAGUCCCACAGUCACAGCUGUUGGGCUUGAGGCUGGGGUCCUGGGGGGGGCCACAUGACCCAGUCGCUGCCUCCACCACCUGCCACCAGGCCACAACACUGUCACCUCUCUUCCACGCCCCCAAUCACUUACCCUUUGCUGUGCCAAGGCUGUUGCUUCGGUUAUUUAAAUAAAUUGAAAGUGGAACUGGAA